ACAUUAUCUGUUGAAGAAAAUGGCAAUGGUGCCACGGAAGAUGAAGAUGCAGACAAGGGCUAUUCGCCAUAUAUUUUCAGCAUUAGAUGACACAACAAUGACCAAACAUAUUCGUGCCACUCAUUCUCCUGUUGGCGGACACAGUAACGUUAGACCUCUUCUUAAUCUCGUUCAUGACAUUUUUCGCCGUGCUGUUCAGGUGCUAAUUAACUUGGUUUCUUAAAAUGUGGUCGUUUAAUUUAACCAUGGACAACAGGCACAAUCGGUUGCCACGAUGGACAGUGCCCACCUAUCGGACUUGACUGACAUGCUAGAUAUCUCGUACCAAACAAUCAACAAAAUUUCAUGCGAGAUAUGUUGCAAGUGUUUGGGUGGUGGAGAUGCCCAUUCCACAACCAUGGGAAUACUGGGCACGCUCUCAAGCUAUUCAUGGGAUGCCAAGGUGGUGAUAGCAUUAGCAGCAUUUGCAUCCAACUUCGGGGAGUUUUGGCUGGUGGCUCAGCUUUAUGCCACCAACCAUCUUGCCAAGUCGGUUGCCCUGUUGAAGCACAUUCAUGAAACACUGGAAAAAGUGGAUGAUUUGGGACCAAAAUUUGAAACAGUCAACAACCUUCUUAAGGCAAUAAUGGAAGUAACCAAUUGCAUUGUUCAGUUCCAUGAGCUUCCUUCUCAGUACAUUGACCCUGAUGCACCAGAGACUUUGACUGCCUCCACUCUUAUUCCUGGUGCUGUCUAUUGGACCAUUCGGAGUGUUGUGGCCUGUGCAUCGCAUAUUUUGGGCAUAACUGGCGAGGGUCAGGGAUAUAUAACAUUAACAACAGAGAGUUGGGAGGUUUCCAGUUUGGCCCAUAAACUUGUUAACAUAAGUAGUCACCUUCGAAAGCAACUCGCACUUUGUCAUCAGCAUUUAGAUGACAACAAACAGAGAGAAGCAUUUGAAUCACUUCGGGUCCUUUUUGAGACAUCCCACCGGGAUAACUUGAAGGUUCUCAAAGCUUUGAUUUGCAGCAAAGAUGAUCUUUUGCCACUGUUUGAUGGUUCUACAAAGCAAAGGGUUAGCAUUGAGGCGUUAAGGAAGAAAAUUGUAUUACUCUACAUGUCAGACCCCAAUAAUGUCUCUGAGCAAGAGCUUGUGAUUCUUGAGCAAAUGUAUCUAGAGUCACGUCCGGAUUCAACCAGGUUUGAGAGUCAAUACGAACUCGUUUGGAUUCCAGUUGUGGAUAAGGCAAUCCCAUGGACUGAAGUGAAACCAAAGUUUGAGAAGUUGCAAUCAAUGAUGUCAUGGUACUCUCUUUAUGACCCUUCGCUUUUGGAGCCAGCAACCAUCAGGUACAUUAAAGAAGUAUGGCUUUUCCAAAAGAAGCCUGUUCUCGUAGUGCUGGAUCCGCUAGGGAAGGUUGUGAACCUGAAUGCAAUAAAUAUGAUGUGGAUUUGGGGAAGCUCGGCAUAUCCUUUCUCAAGCUCAAGGGAAGAAGCACUGUGGAAUGAGGAGACCUGGGGAAUAGAACUAUUGGCAGAUACACUUGAUCUAUCACUCUUGGAUUGGGUAUCAGAAGGAAAAUACAUAUGCUUGUACGGAGGGGGCGAUAUGGAGUGGAUCCGCAAAUUCACAAGAACAUCACAUUCAAUGGCAGGAGCUCUGCAACUACCAGUAGAGAUUAUCUAUGUGGGCAAAAGCAAUCCAGGGGAGAAAGUUGGAAAAAUCAUUAAGGCAAUACAAGAAGAAAGACUUAGCAACGUACUUCCUGACCUCGCCUUAAUUUGGUUCUUCUGGGUUAGGCUGGAGAGCAUGUGGCACUCCAAACUAAAACAGAGCAAAACAGUAUUGAAUGACCACAUAAUGCAUGAAAUCACGAGAAUCCUUAGCUACGAUAGCAGUGAUCAAGGGUGGGCUGUGAUCAGCCACGGCACAGAAAAGAUGGCACAGGGAAAAGGAGAGGCAUUUCUAAGGUGCCUUUAUGAAUAUGACCAGUGGAAGGAACCAGCAAAAGAAAAAGGGGUUUUGCAAGCAAUGGAUGAUUAUAUACAAGGACUCCAAACACCACACCACUGCAAUCGCUUGAUUCUCCCAGGAAUAGACGGCAGCACCCCAGACAAAGUGGUCUGCGCUGAAUGUAGCCGUCCAAUGGAGAAGUUUUAUAUGUACCGUUGCUGCAACGAGUGA